AUAGACUCUCUCGUUUCCUUAAAUUGGAAAUCUACGGAGGAAUUACAGGGUACCAGUUUCGUUUUCCUUUCUGAAAGCCCGCACUUCAUUUAAGACUCGCCCCGCUGGCAGCCAGGGGCGUGCUCGCUCGCAAACAUGGAGAACGCCUUCGCGAAAUCGAUCGACGAGGUGCUUAACACCCUGACGGUGAACCCGGCGACCGGUCUGAGCGACGAGCAAGUCUCGAGGUUACAAGCCAAAUACGGCAAGAAUGCAAUCGCCGAGGAACCGCCCACGCCUCUCUGGGAGCUGAUCCUUGAGCAGUUCAAAGAUCAGCUCGUCCUCAUCCUUCUCGGAUCGGCCGCAAUCUCGUUCGUCCUGGCGCUUUUUGAAGAGGAGGGCGGAUGGAGCGCAUUCGUCGACCCGAUUGUCAUUCUUACCAUUCUUAUCCUCAAUGCCGUUGUUGGUGUCUCGCAGGAGAGCAGCGCCGAGAAGGCGAUCGCUGCGCUGCAGGAAUACUCGGCCAACGAGGCCAACGUGGUCCGCAAUGGGCAGAUCCACCGGAUCAAGGCCGAGGAGCUUGUGCCAGGUGAUAUCGUGGACAUCUCGGUUGGCGCCCGGAUCCCCGCGGACUGCCGGCUCGUUUCGAUCGAAAGCAACAGCUUCGCCGUCGACCAGGCCAUCCUUACCGGGGAAAGCGAGAGCGUGGGAAAGGACUGCCGUGCUGUCGUCAACGAUGAGAAGGCAGUGCUCCAGGACCAGGUCAACAUGUUGUUCUCGGGGACCACUGUCGUGACUGGCCGCGCCAAGGCGGUGGUCGUUCUGACCGGCUCAAAGACGGCCAUUGGCGACAUCCACGAGAGCAUCACGGCCCAGAUCUCCGAGCCAACCCCCCUGAAGCAGAAGCUCAACGACUUUGGCGACCAACUCGCCAAGGUGAUCACGGUCAUUUGCGUCCUGGUAUGGCUCAUCAACAUCCCUCACUUCAGCGACCCCAGCCACGGAAGUCUCGCGAAGGGCGCCAUCUAUUAUCUCAAGAUUGCUGUGUCGCUUGGCGUCGCAGCGAUUCCCGAAGGUCUCGCCGUCGUCAUUACCACCUGCCUCGCUCUGGGAACGCGCAAGAUGGCCGCCAAGAACGCGGUGGUGCGGAGCUUGCCCUCGGUUGAAACUCUCGGAAGCUGCAGCGUCAUCUGCUCCGACAAGACGGGCACCUUGACCACGAACCAGAUGAGCGUCAGCAAGAUUGUGUAUCUGAACAACGACGGAACCGACCUGGAGGAGCUCGACGUUGAGGGUACGACCUUCGAACCCAGAGGCGACAUCAAGUUCCAGGGCAAGCUGGUUUCGGAUCUUAACCAAGAAUCCAUGACGGUGCGCCAGAUGACUGAAGUUGCCGCGCUUUGCAAUGACGCCCGGCUUGAUUACCACACCCAGUCGGCAACCUACACCAAUGUGGGCGAACCGACCGAGGGUGCCCUGAGGGUUAUGGUGGAAAAGAUCGGCCCCUGUGCUCCUAUGGACUGCGACCCCAAGGACCGCGUGCACUAUGCCAGCUCUUGGUACGAGAAGCAGUACAGCCGUCUUGCCACCUACGAGUUCUCCCGCGACCGGAAGAGUAUGUCGGUUCUUGUUCAGAACGGGGCGCAGCAGAAGCUCUUCGUGAAGGGCGCCCCCGAGUCCGUCAUCGAACGAUGCACCCACGCUCUCUUGGGGCGCAAUGGCAAGAAGGUGCCUAUGGAUCGCAAGCUCACUGACCUUCUCAUGAAGGAGGUGGUUGAGUACGGCAACCAGGGUCUCCGUGUCAUCGCGCUGGCCAGCCGUGACCAGGUCAACGAUGAUCCCCUUCUCCACAAAGCCAAAUCGACCGCCGAGUAUGCCGCCUUGGAGCAGAAUCUCACCCUCCUUGGUCUUGUCGGUAUGUUGGACCCUCCUCGGCCGGAGGUUCCUGCUGCUAUCCAGAAGUGCAAGGAUGCCGGUAUCCGCGUCAUCGUCGUCACCGGUGACAACCGCAACACGGCAGAGACCAUCUGUCGCCAGAUUGGCGUGUUUGGUCCCUAUGAGGAUCUGACCGGCAAGAGCUUCACCGGCCGCGAGUUCGACAACCUCAGCCCCAGCGAGCAACUGGAGGCGGCCAAGAACGCAUCGCUCUUCUCUCGUGUCGAACCUACACACAAGUCCAAGCUCGUGGACCUGCUCCAGUCGCUCGGCGAAGUCGUUGCCAUGACCGGCGACGGCGUCAACGACGCGCCCGCUCUGAAGAAGGCUGAUAUCGGAGUGGCUAUGGGCUCGGGCACGGAUGUGUCGAAGCUCGCAGCCGACAUGGUCCUGGCGGAUGACAAUUUCGCUACCAUUGGUGUCGCCAUCGAGGAGGGCCGCUCUAUCUACAACAACACCCAGCAGUUCAUCCGCUAUCUGAUCUCGUCGAACAUCGGAGAGGUUGUCUCCAUCUUCUUGACGGCGGCUUUGGGCAUGCCUGAGGCCCUCAUUCCUGUGCAGCUCCUCUGGGUCAACCUGGUCACGGACGGUCUCCCGGCUACCGCCCUGUCGUUCAACCCGCCCGACCACGAUAUCAUGAAGCGGCAGCCGAGAAAACGUGAUGAGGCCUUGAUUGGUGGUUGGCUAUUCUUCCGCUACCUGAUCAUCGGAACCUAUGUCGGUCUUGCCACGGUCGCUGGCUACGCCUGGUGGUUCAUGUUCUACUCGGGCGGCCCCCAGAUCAGCUUCUACCAGCUGUCGCACUUCCACCGUUGCUCCGCCGAGUUUCCAGAGAUCGGUUGCGAGAUGUUCAGCAACGAGAUGGCCAGGGCCGGCUCGACUGUCUCCCUCUCAAUCCUGGUCGUCAUCGAGAUGUUCAACGCCAUGAACGCCCUCUCGUCGAGCGAGUCCCUGCUGACGCUCCCGCUGUGGGAGAACAUGAUGCUCGUGUAUGCCAUUGGUCUCUCCAUGGCACUGCACUUUGCGUUGCUGUACACUCCAUUCCUGCAGACGCUGUUCUCCAUCCUGCCGCUCAACUGGGCCGAAUGGAAGGCUGUGCUCGUUAUUAGCGCGCCAGUAAUCUUCAUUGAUGAGGGUCUGAAGUUUGUAGAGCGGACUCUUUUCGUCCAGAGUGCAGUUCGCAGGUUGCCCAGGGCGAAGAAGGAGCAAUAGAGCAAGAAGGGGCCGCGUACAUAAAUCCGUAGACUUGUACAGUAGAUAACAAAACGUGGCCACACGGCGAUAGAUUUGUGGACAACUUCAUGGCUCAAACGGCGGUGCCUCGGAAAUCACGGUCGUUAUGCGGUGUCCCUUGAUGUAGUCAUAUCGUUGGCUUUGAAUGCCAUGUUGUUACAACGUUCCUUCCAGCCCAGCCCAUCCAUCGCAAGACUGCAGCCUCCCACUGGCCUCCCAAAACGCCUCUAAUCCUGCCGCCCCUUCAGCAACCUCUUGGUCACCUUAUCCUUCUCGAUGAUGUAGACGUGGGCGCCCCAGCCGGAGAGCGCAUCGCGAUCGACAGCGUUGAGGAGCGCUUGCGAAAUAGUCUCAAAGAGCGCAUCUGGACCCUGUGCAGCGGCAUCCAUCAGUAAAACCCAUCCCCAACCAUAGUAGACAAU